UAAGCCUCAGUAUCUCAAAUACCAGCCUCUACUAGCUGUACAGUUUUCUCUUAUUUGAUAUCAGACAGCCCAAUGGAGCCCACUGAAGUACCUGGUCUGAUUAGCAAAGAUAAUUUUUUAGAAGUUCCUAAUCUGUCUGAUUCUGUGUGUGAAGAUGAAGAGGUUAAAGCGACCUUCAAACCUGGCUUCUCCCCUCAGCCAAGCAGACGAGGAUCAGGAUCUUCUGAAGACACGUACCUGGACACCCCAACUUCAGCGUCCCGGAGAGUUUCCUUUGCUGACAGCCUUGGAUUCAGUCUCGUGUCCAUUAAAGAAUUUGAUUGUUGGGAAUUACCAAGUGUUUCAACUGAUUUUGACCUAAGCAGGGAUGUCUUCCACGCAGAGGAAUUUGUUUUAUCUCCACUCUUUGACUUGCCCUCUUCAAAAGAAGAGCUUAUGGAACAACUUCAGGUUCAGAAAGCAGUGCUGGAGUCAACUGAACAACUCCCUGGGUCGACAAGUGUGAAGGGCAUUAUUAGAGUUCUGAACAUUUCUUUUGAGAAGUUAGUGUAUGUGCGCAUGUCCUUGGAUGGCUGGCAGACACAUUAUGACAUUUUAGCAGAAUAUGUUCCUAAUUCAUGUGAUGGUGGAACCGACCAGUUCUCUUUUAAGAUUUCAUUGAUUCCUCCUUAUCAAAAAGAUGGCAGUAAAGUUGAGUUUUGUAUUCGCUAUGAAACUUCUGUUGGUACAUUUUGGUCAAAUAAUAAUGGCACCAAUUAUGUAUUGGUUUGUCAAAAGAAAAAGAAAGAUCCAGAGCCUGUAAAACCAGUGGAAGAAGCUCCUAGCAGACAAAUAAAAGGCUGCUUAAAGGUAAAAUCAAGCAGUAAAGAAGAAUCAUUGCUAACCUCUGAAGAAAAUAAGGUUGAGAAUUUGAAGUUCACAGAUGUCUAUAUCCCAGCAAUCAUUUGUUCUCAUGAAGACAAGGAUGACUUGGGAGCCAGUCAUCAGAAUGUAGAAGAUACCAACAGGGAGCAUGACGAACAUAAUGAAAAAGAAUUGGACUUGGUGGUAAACCAACGGCUACUAACUUCCCGGGAUGAAAAGAAUACAUUUUCAAAAGAUGGAGUCAAUUUCACAAAUACAGCUGAGGGGUCAGAGAAGAAGCAAGAUUAUCAUGAAAUUCAUACUGACUUGUCCAGAAGGCCUUUGUCUCCAAGUUUACCAGCCUACCAUAGCAAAAACUAUUCCCCAGGAAAUGAAUGUGGUCACCAAACUUCAGAGGAGAUUCCUUCAUCUGUGGGAGAAAUGGGGCCAUCACUGGGAGAUGCUAGCUCUGAUGAAUUAAUGCAAUUGAACUUCUGCAGCAAAGAAGGUCUGGAUGAUAAUGCCAACCCAGCCCAUGAGAGUGGCAAAGUGCAAAUAGCAUCUUCAUCCCCUGGCCUACUAAUGGCAGAUUGUCUUAAAGAUAAUGAAGCAGGAAUCAAGAAAACUGGAAUAAAAGAUUACAGAUAUUCAAGAAGUGAUUUCUAUUUAGAGGCAUCCACAAACCCGGAAGAAUCAAAUGCAUCUUCCAAAGAUGAUUAUACCACGGGAUUUGAUGGAAAGGAGCAGAACACAUGCUUAGGUAUUAGUGAAAACCAAAGGAAGAAUUUUCAAUCAAUAUUCCAGAACCAAGAGAGGCAAAUGGGGCACCCCAAAAUAAGCAGUGAGGGGACUAAAGCUAAGAACGAGGACUUAACCACAACCACUCUACUAAGCAAAGACACUAUACCUACCACCUGGACAGUAACAGUAGAUCCCUCUCCUUCAACAAAGACAAAAGUGAAUUGGGGAGAAGCUGGUGAAGGUUCCAAUUUAGAACUAGGAACUACUCAUCUUGGUUCACCAAGAAAUGGCAGUGUUCUGAUGGAUGAUUAUCUUUUUCGAGCUGAAAGGGGAAAAUCAGACUCUAAUAAUCCUGAAGAUCAGAAUAUGAAUUCACAGCAUAAAAAAAAUUGGAAUGUUCUGGAAAGUCAGCCAGAAACAAGAGGGAUUGAAACAAAUAUAACCAAGCAGAUCAAAGAACAAGCAGAGUGUAAAUAUACGUGGGAAAAAAGCGAUAACACGAGAGAUCUGAAAGCUACUCCUACAGAACAAUUGUUUACCUGCCAGGAGACAGAGAGCUAUGAACUGUCUUCUCUAGCCGAUCAUGGUAUUACUGAAAAAGCACAAGCAGUUGCAGCUUAUAUAAUUAAGUCAACAUUAGAAAGUACUCCAGAAAGCAUGUCUGCUAGAGGAAAAGCAAUAAUUGCUAAGCUACCUCAAGAGACAGCACGCAGUGACAGGCCCAUCGAGGUAAAAGAAACAGCGUUUGAUCCACAUGAAGGGAGGAAGGAUGAUUCACAUUAUACCCUUUGUCAUGGAGAUACAGCAGGUGUAAUCCAUGACAAUGAUUUUAAAAGGGAGUCACAUUCAGCUAUUUGUAAUGUACAUGUAGAUGAAAUGGAGAAGGAGGCAACCGCAUCUACAGACAAUCGUAGGAAGACAUAUGUCAAGGAGAAAUGUGGAAUUGGAAUUGUAACAUCUAUAGAAGAACCUUCGCAGGUUAUUACAGGCAAUCAAAAAGCUACGUCAAAACUGGAUUUACAUUUGGGUGUGUUACCAACAGACAAAGCAAUAUUCCCAGAAAAUAAAGAUCUUGAGCUGCUUCAAGAAUUACCACAGAGAACAAACUUGGAUGCUGUUCAUUCUGCAUUUAAUUUGGACACUUCCAACACUUCUCAGGGCAGCCCUCAAGUCUACAGAUGCCACUCUAAAAAUUCAGUAUCCUCUUCUGGAUGGCGAGUUGCUGAAGGGAAAGCAGUUACUAACUCAACACUCCAGUCUAUUCCAACCAAAUCAGAAUAUACUUGCCACCCAGAAAGUGAGAUCCUGGGCCAUGCCAUGUCUAAACCUAGUGAUGUUUCCCAAAGUUCGGAAAUAAUGGAAUCAGGUAGUGGAAGAGAACGACAUGUGGGGCCAAUUCUCCAACACAAAGAUGGUAGCUUGGAAAAAUCCCAAGGCCCAAUGAUUUUAGUCAGUGACACUCUUGAAAAUCUGGAGGAGGCAAGGUCUGACAUUGAAGAAUUGAUGUGUUUUGGACACUCAGGAUGCUAUUCGGAAGAUAAAGGAUCAGAGAGCCCUGCUUCUGCUACCCUCCCUACCCAGGAAGUUGAAGCUCAGGGCAGGGACUCUCUGCUUUCAAGAUAUAUCAACUCUAAAAUACCUUAUCUCCUUUUGUUUUUGAUAUUUCUUGCAACUAUCUACUACUAUGACUUAAUGAUUGGGUUGGCCUUCUACCUUUUUUCCUUGUACUGGUUAUACUGGGAAGGGGGGAAGCAAAGAGAGUCUGUCAGAAAGAAGUGAGCGUGGCACAAUGACUGUUCUCUCCUAAAAGAUAAGCCAUUUAGUCCCAAACAUUUGGAUUGGUGAGAGAGAAUGUUCAUUGUUCAGAGUCAGAGCAGUUUUUCUCUUGAAGGAACAUUUAAAAAGGAAUGCGUAUGAAGUUUGCUCCUUCGUAUAAGUAAUUAUUCUAUAUAGGACCAUUAUGCUUGGAUCAUUAAAUAACUAUAUGAAUAUGAGAUCUGAAGCACGUCAAGUUGAAAUUAGGUACAGCUGUUGCUCCUUAGCAGGCUGUGAAGUUGCAGCGCUUCACAUCUCACUACUUAAAGCGUUAUUUCUUGCAUUCAUUUCUUUCACAGUAAAGCUUUGGACAUUUUUCCCCCUAUGGUUUUUAAAAAUAGAUAAAAAAUGGACAAUAGCAGACAAUUUUUUUCUUUUAACCCUUAGAACUAACCAGGAUAUUUUCAUUUAGCAUUGUGUCAUUUAUCAGCACAUAUUUAUAGAUUAAAUACUGGGAUUUGUAUUUCAUACCUUUACUAAUAUUUAUAGAUCAAAUACUGAAAUUUCUAUUUUACACCUUCAAGAAAAUGCCAAUGUAUGUUACAAUAUAAAACUUAAGGUGGAAACAUAUAUUAUGCACACUCACAUUAUAUUUCAUAUGUACACCCUUGUAUUUCUUUACACAUACAGCAUCAGGAUGUUUAUAAACCAAACUUGACCAAUACUUCUGUAACAAACUGGAAAUUUUCAUGCAAUUAUACAAAACAUGUGGGUAUCCCAUUUUAAGCAAUGUUUUUCAAUUGAAAGGGUAGACAGUAACAUAGCUGAACAACUUCAAAGUUAUGUGGUGUCCAGACAUGAAAAUUAAAACCUUCUGCAAGUAUUGUUUUAGGAUGAUGUUGUACUUAUAUAGCAGCAGCUCUCAACCUGUAGGCCAUGACUCCUUUGAGGUCACAUAUCAGAUAUCUGAUAUCUUGCAUGUCAGAUAUUCACAUUCUGAUUCAUAACAGUAGCAAAAUUAU